AUGCGUCUUAUCCAGGUCCUCGCUCUCGCCCCUGCGCUCGCCGUGGCACAGGAACAAGUUCCUCUUGCGGAUCGUUUUCAGGGUUGGCUCGACAAGGCCAAGGCUUAUCUGCCAACUGCUACCCCCGUAGUGCCUGCUGCUGUUGAGAAGGUCCAGAAGGUGGUUGAACAGAAAAAGAUCCAGGAGAAGCCCGUCACUCAGCUGAACCUGACCAACUGGGAGUCGAUUCUGGAGCCAGCCUCGGAUCCUCAGGACUGGUUUGUCUUCGUCACUGGUGGCAAUAAGACAUGCUUCGGACGCUGUGAUCAAGCGGAUAAGUCUUUCAACGAAUCCGUCAUUCUGUUCUCCGCCGAUCCCACCUCUCCGAAUCUUGCACGUCUGGACUGUGAGGCGAACCAGGUUCUCUGUGCUGCUUGGUCUGCGAGUGCUCCCUCAAUUUGGCACUUUGAGGUUCCCCAGGCCCAGCUGGGUGAGGGUCGCGCUCCCACCACUCUUCACACUGCACACCUCAACACGACCACCGUUACUCCUGAGACAAUCUAUAAGCUUCACUCGGAGAAGCACUUCGAGACGAGCCCGGCCUACGAGGGUGUCUUGCACCCCACUGAUGGCUUCUUCGCUAAGAACGGGCUUCUUCUUCCGCUUGGCUAUGUCAUGUGGGGUUUCGGCUCUAUCCCGAGCUGGCUCUUCAUGCUCUUCAUCAGCUUCUUCAGCAGGACCUUCAUUCAAUUGGACUUGUCCAUCUGCCAUACAAUUAACCACUACAACCACGUCACAAUCCCCCCAAAUCGGUCGAAAACUUACCAUACAAUGGCCGACUUCGAGCGCGCAACCCCUUCAACGGCAGCUUACGUCGUCGCGACGGCCAUCGUCGCCGGAAUUACGGGCUACUUCAUUGGCCAAGGCUCCUCGCUCGGCCUCUUCUCCAACAGAGAGAAAGAGGGGUGGCCGAACAGCUACAACGUGAAAGUGCACCGCGAUUCGUCCGAUGAGGAGUUCGAGGAGGAUGAGGAGGAGGAGAGUGAAGAUGAGGGCGACGGCUCCGAGUUGGCGAGUUUUGACGACACCGCCGAGGAAAUCAAGUUGGUAUUGGUCGUGAGGACGGACCUGGGCAUGACCAAGGGCAAAAUCGCCGCUCAAUGCUCACACGCCACGUUGGCUUGCUACAAGUACCUCACUACGCACACACCGAACUCGCCCUUGCUCCGUCGGUGGGAAUCGCAGGGUCAAGCGAAGAUCGCGCUGCAGGUCAAGUCCGAGGAGGAGAUGGAGAUGAUGUAUGCGCAGGCGAUCAGUCUGGGACUUUGCGCGCGCGUGAUUACGGAUGCUGGGCGCACACAGAUUGCUAGCGGAAGUCGGACGGUGUUGGGUGUCCUGGGCCCCAAGAGUAUUGUGGACGGGGUGACGGGGCAUCUGAAGCUGUUGUAA